UCGUAUGUAACUGAGAAAAUCAGUCGCAGACACUAGCCAGCCGCUUAGUAGAGUGGGCGAUUUGCGAGUGAGAUCUAAACCGAGUUACACUACUAACUACAUGUACAAAGCACCUUGAUUGCUUGACUUUACUCUAACUAACUCAUCAAUGGCGAAGCAGCAGUUCUCACAAUACUCAUUCUCUUCAAUCCUCCACAAACGAUGGCUUCUCCGCCUCUUCAUCCUCCUAUCUCUAAUCGCCGCCUUUGCGUUCAUAAUCAGAGCCGCUUUCGAUUCCUCAACUCAUUGCGCUCAGCUUCAGCCCGAUCAGCGAUUCCACUCGGCUGCUCCACUCGGACCUGCUCUCAAUCCUCUCGGUUUCAUCAAGUCUAAGCUCGUUCUCCUCGUCUCUCACGAGCUCUCUCUCUCCGGUGGGCCAUUGUUGCUAAUGGAACUGGCUUUUCUCUUAAGAGGUGCUGGCUCUGAGGUUUGUUGGAUAACAAACCAGAAGCCAGCAGGAGCAGAUCAGGUGACAUACGCUUUGGAGAACAAAAUGCUGGAUCGUGGAGUGCAGGUUGUCGCUGCAAAAAGCCAGGAAGCUGUAAAAGUGGCAUUAAAAGCUGAUAUGGUUGUUCUAAACACUGCUGUUGCUGGAAAGUGGCUGGAUGCUGUUCUUAAGGAAAAUGUUCCUCGUGUACUCCCAAAAGUGUUAUGGUGGAUCCAUGAAAUGCGGGGUCAUUAUUUCAGUAUGGAUUACGUGAAGCAUCUUCCGUUGGUUGCUGGAGCUAUGAUUGAUUCACAUGUAACUGCAGAAUACUGGAAGAACAGAACACAAGAGCGCUUAAGGAUAAAGAUGCCAAAGACGUAUGUUGUCCACCUUGGAAACAGUAAUGAACUUAUGGAAGUUGCUGAAGAUAGAGUAGCAAAAAGGAUUCUGCGGGAGCAUGUUCGGGAGUCCCUUGGAGUGCGAAAUGAAGAUAUACUCUUUGCACAUAUUAAUAGUGUUUCCCGCGGAAAAGGCCAAGACUUGUUUCUGCGUGCAUUUGAUGAGAGUUUGAGAUUAAUUAAAGAACAGAAGCUACAAGUGCCAUCAAUACAUGCAGUUAUUGUAGGCAGUGACAUGUCUGUUCAGACCAAAUUUGAGACAGAACUGCGGAAUUUUGUAUCAUCGAAUAAUAUUCAACAUCGGGUUCAUUUUGUAAACAAAACUCUGACUGUUGCCCCUUAUCUAGCAGCGGUUGAUGUACUUGUGCAAAACUCCCAGGGUCGUGGGGAGUGCUUUGGGAGGAUAACAAUUGAAGCCAUGGCUUUCCAGCUACCUGUACUGGGAACAGCAGCAGGGGGAACUACAGAGAUUGUAGUAAAUGGAUCAACAGGUUUGCUGCAUCCUGCUGGGAAAGAAGGUGUAACUCCUCUAGCAAAAAAUAUAGUCAAACUUGCAACUCAUGUUGAAAGACGACUUACUAUGGGGAAAAAGGGUUAUGAAAGAGUAAAAGAAAUGUUUCUGGAACGGCAUAUGUCACAUAGGAUUGCUUCUGUGUUAAAGGAGGUUUUGCAUCACUCAAAAAAUCAGCGAAACUGAUGAAGGCAUGCUCUUAAGGUAUUUUCUAUGCUGGAGGUCUGUUUAAGCCAUGGUUUAUUGGUGAAAUCUGUUCCUUCGAGAAGUUUGGAAUAUGUUCUUCUCUUGUGGAGAGUUAUCAGAUCUGCUUUAGAAAACAGUCCUGUUACAUCUCAUGUUCUUGACACCCUUCCAUCUGCCUCCCACAUUUUAGGUCCUAUUAGAUUGUGUAUAUAGGAGCACUUGGCUGCAGAUUCCUUGCAUAUAUUCCGAGGAUGAAAUGUACCAAUGUUUAUUUUAUUUAUUAUUAAUUGAUGUCUAACUGUAAAAUGAACAGCAGUUUCAGUCAGCCUAUUUAUUAAACUAGGUUAAGCUACUGAA